AUGCAGGGAUGGUUUAAACUAAUGCAUGCAGUUCGCCAAUCCGACCCGCCAACAAAUCAAUCAGUCCGAUAUCUAUCGAACAGUACAAUCAAUCGAACGUUUACCAAUGGUGAAUCUUUACAGGAACAGAACCCAUCGACGCAAUCAUCGAUGGCCACAGCAAAUGAAAGAAAUCAUUUACUACGUACAUCGCAAUCUGCCAUUACACCUGUCACAUUAGAUUCGCCACCGAAUAUUUUCGAUUCUCCGCCUCUUUUCAGUUCAGAAUCAACGCCAAUACAUAUAAUAGAUGAUAUACUUGCAAUAGAAAGUGAAUUACUUUCCGAACCAGGGCGUCGACAAAAGCGUAUACCUUCGAUGGAAAUCGAAUCAACAACCGCAUCGUGUUCGUCGAUAUCUACAGAUUCGAGACAAUCAACGAAAUCUGUGCAGAAAAUUGCAAAUAACAGAGCAAAUAAAUCGCAUGGACCUUCAGUACCUAGCAGAUUGAACAAUAUUUCAACACCAAUCACUGAAGAUAUUUCUGAUGACGAUGACAUGCCGAUUGUAGACAUACGAAAACAGAAGAUACAAUCAAUAGAUACUUUGUCAACACCAUCGACGGCUGAUUUAAGUAUUCCGUUAGCCACGGAUCUUCAAUCAUUGCCUGGUCACGUGCAAGACGAACAACGUGAUCAUCGUUUUCUUAUUUAUAAUGAUAUCGAUACCUUAUCCAUGCAUUUACAUAUGUGUCUCUACGUCGAUAAACAGUCAUUAUCUUUGAGUCGACAAGGUAACCUCGAAUCUCAAUACAACGUUUUAAAUAAAAUUUUCAAAAUCUACUACAUCAAAACGUUCCGAAAACUCUUUAACACAGACAAUAAGGCAAUAUUUAUCAGUAAAGAUAAUGACAAAACUCAACCAUUAUCGGUCAUCAGUUCUCCGACAUCAACAUCCUUCAAAACCGAUUGGAACGUCAAUCGAAGAAACUCGACAUCAACACAACGACAAAUGCCACGAAACUUUUUCCAUAUCCUACAACUAAAUCCGAAGAAAGAUAUUGACGCUCAACAGAAUUCUUCAUUAAUCACUAGACCAACUCCAAAAACGGCGAUUGAAAAGUUUGAAUCUAUCAAAGAUAUUCUCGCACGAACAUAUUAUCCACACCUAUACACGGCAAUUGAAUGUGGUUACUAUUUUGGUGAAAAAUCCAAGUUUCUAAGUACGCAACAGUUGAUAACUACUCAUGUUGAUUUUGUCUCCGUCAAAGAAAUGCCUCAGUCACCCGAAGAGUUCAAUUAUGAUUCAACAACGAUAACAUUGAAAUCACCACCUGCACGACGUGAUUCAAUUGUAAGCCAACCUUCGCCAGUCGUGAUUAAGCCUCAGCCGAAGAAACCAAUGGUUUUGAAACAGAAGAAAAACAAAUCACCAUCUGUAAUACAAGCCAAAAAUAAUUCCAAUGGCUUGCCCGAAGAAUUAUCACCGUGGAUGAUCAAGGAAUCAGUUGUAAUUCUAACACCAACAAAAAUCCCAGUAACAACCUCAAGCAUUGAAGUAGCGAAACCAUCGACAGCGAAUCUAAAGCGGAAAGCGGCCAAUACGAAUGGCAUGGAAAUCAAAAAGAAACGAGUAGCACCAUCGAUACUACUCGAAACAGCAAAUGCGAUUGAAGAUAUAUCCGAACCAUCAAGCGAUGAAGAUGUCUUGCCCUCUGAAUUGCCCAAGCAAUGCUUUAUCAAGAAUGGUCUACGCUCGAAUUAUUACAAGACAAAUUCAGAUGAUAAAACAAAACCUAAAUCUGCAAGCAAUAAAUCGCGUCUCGAACGACGGCGACAAUCAUCAGGUUCACUACCACCAUUCUAUACAGGAAUCUACGAAGUCAGUGAUGACAUGAGCAAAGCUUCGCAUAUGGAUUUUCGCCUUCCAUAUGAUAUCUUUUGGCAUAGCCAGCAAAACGCGAAACAGCCAUCUGUGAUAAAUUCGCCGAUAUCUUCAUCGACGAUUACAACCAUGUCCGAUUCUCAUCAAAGAAAGAAAAAGUCUAGCAAACCGAAACAAAAACUACCGUCUCCUUACAAGAAAAUCACACGAAAUGUCUACUCAGAUCAACUAAAACAAAGUUUAUUAGCGUCAUACACUGCUGACAAAGUACCUGUCUGUGAUUGUAAACCAUCCGGUACAUGUGAAGAUGGGGUAUGUGUUAAUAAAUUGACUUUUACCGAAUGUUCACCAAGCUGUGCUUGCGGCGCGAAAUGUACUAAUCAAAAGAUUCGCAAAGCUCAAUGGUGCAAACAUCUUGAAGUAUUCGAUACUGGAAAGUACGGUCAAGGUAUACGUGCAACUGCCUCGAUUCCCAAAGGCACAUUCAUAUGUGAAUACGUUGGGGAAGUGGUCACCGAUGACAAAUUUCAAGACCGAAUGAUUAAUCUCUAUUCGAAAGAUGAACAUCACUAUGCAAUGAAAUUAACGCAAAACUUAGUCAUUGAUGCUUAUCGCACGGGCAGCAUCGCUCGUUUUGCCAAUCAUUCAUGUUCGCCGAAUUGUGAAUUUGAGAAGUGGACGGUGGACGGUUUACACCGAAUGUGCAUGUUCUCGUUACGUCCAAUUAAAGCUGGUGAGGAAUUAACAUAUGAUUAUAAUUUCAAAAGCUUUAAUUUGCAAGCGCAACAACCAUGUUACUGUGAUAGUUCGAAAUGUCGAGGUAAAAUUGGUGGAAAGCAACAAACGACUCCAUCAUCAUCGAACAUAAUUGACAUUGAUAAUCAUUCUCCUGCAAUAACUCAACCGAAAAUAAGUCAACGAGAUCGACGAAUGAUCCUACAAUCAUCUCUUUUUCUUUUGCGCAAUCUCAAAAAACAGAAAACAAAACGAACGAACUCGAAGUCAAAAACACAGAACCAAAAGCAAUCGCCAGUAUCACUUUUCCAUCCACAAAACUACUAUCACCCUACUGGGCCAAGCAAUCGAUCGAUGACAUCAAAUUUACGGAGAACUCCAAAGAUGGAACACAAAGACAUGUUCUCAUUGUUCUACAACCACAUUCGUCAUUCCCAUUUUGUUAAAACCGGCCGACACUAUCACGAGCUCAUCGAUGAUACAUGUUACUAUGCACAAUUAGCACAAUUGACGCUUAUUCUAACUGAAAUAUUCGAUUUUAUUUUAUACUAUAAAUGUCUCGAUGAUAAUAUAACACCAGCUGAAGCUUUGAAACAAUGUCCGUCGAAACGUCUAUAUCCAGCUUAUUAUGAGAUCAUCACUAAACCAAUUGAUUUGAAGACAAUCAAAGUCAGACUUGAUCAUGGUGACUAUUCAACAUUUGAACGAUUCGAACAAGAUAUUCUAUUACUAUUUCAAAAUGCAAUUACAUACUGUGGUGCUAAUUCCACUGAAGCGAAUGCUGUGGUAGAAUUACAGGAAUAUUUUACUCAAACAUUAAAAAACCAAUACAAAAGAGUCUUUGGUUUAUUUAACUUUAUGCUACAUGAUGAACGAAUGAUAACACACUUCCAUAUGUUAGAAAGGUUCAUAGAACGUUUGCAUGAGAAAGAAGUGCGUGAUGGACAAACUCGACAAGUUCUUUAUGAAAUUAUUUACAAUAUAAGUGAUCAUUCAGAUGAUGAUUCACCUAUUGCUUACAAGAUCGUACUAGAUGGCAAGCCGAAUUCCCAUCGACCACCGAAAUCUAGAACGAUCGAAUGUAUUAUACACUGUCGAUGUGGAUCUGUUUUUGAUGAAAAUUCAAUCGUUCAAUGUUAUGCAUGUCAGCUCUGGCAACAUGUUGCCUGUGUUUCCAUUGGUGAUUCAAGUCGGCCCUAUUAUUGUUUUGAAUGCCAACCAAUGUGUGAGAAGAAUCCAUCGGCUUGUUUGAAAACGAAUGUUCUAAUCGCUGCGACUAUCGCGCCUUGGCAAACCUACGAUGAUAACCAUAGUUCGUAUUCGACCUUGACACGUUCGGAUGGUUUUGUUGUUCGUACAAACGAAUGUUAUUUUGUGCCGAAACAAGAUGAAGCGAAUAUUGAUCGAUGUUUAAUCUCUCCUGAAUAUGACAUUCUAUUCGUUGAACGUCUUUGGAUAGAUGACCAUGGGGUUGGUCAAGUCGCGGGAUUCUAUUACAUACGUCCAAAUGAAACAUUCCAUGAGCCGAGUCGAAAAUUUUUUCCUAACGAAGUUUUUCGUUUUCCAUCAUCUAAUGACCCUCUACCGAUCAGUUCAAUAGUUCGUCCUUGUUUUGUCAUGGAUAUGGGAACUUACUGUCGAGGUAAACCAAUCAGUGAUAAUAGCAGUCGGGUUUCAGCAAAUGAUCUUUUCAUAUGCGAAUUUCGCGUUGACAAAACGGCAAGAACGUUCACGCGUUUAGUCAAGUCCAGACAUCUAAUAACUAACACGAAAUCUUACUGCUUCGAUCGUUAUGUAGAGAAGCUGACAAUCAAACGCGAUUACCAGCCUUAUGAAAAAGAAGUUCGGCAACAUCUUCAAUCCCAACACGAUCAUCGUCGGCGGCCAAUAACUAAUUCGACGAGAUCAAUCAAUAAAAAACUGGAAGAACGACGAACACGUAUUCAAGGAAUCAUCGAGAAGAUUUACUGUCGUUGCCAUAAUAUCACUACCAUGCCCAAUGAAGUGAAGUAUACGAUCCAUCAACUCUUUCCUGAUAAAUUGAAGCAGAAAACUUCAACGAAAAACACAGCAGAGAGAAUCAAUAGAAAACGUCGAACAAUAUCUGUCUCCUCGGAUGAUGAAAUUGUUGAAUUAGUACCUGAAAUCGACUGCGAAACACCGACAAAACGACGUUCAGUACGACAAUCGACUGUUAGUCCGCAAAAACGUGAUGAAACCUCUGAUUUAAUCUGA